GCAAAUUUCAACAGUGCACUUUAAACAGUAUUAUUAUCCCAUUAUCUACUGUUCCAAGAAAACAAACUCAUUCUUUCAAACCGCACUCCCAAAAACAUGCAAAUAUUGUGUGAAAUUUCAAAAACUUUCUGAAAUUUCUCAAAACUUUUCUGUUUGGAAACGACAAAAACUGCAGAAAAAGCCAAUCAAGAGGGAAGAAGAAGAGUAGGAGAGAGCCAGUGAGUGCUAUAAAUGAGGGUGGGAGGGAUUGGGUUCUGACAAAACCAAAGGCAUCCACGUGUCCACCUGCCCACCAAUCCUGGAACCGCACUCACUCUGGCGUAGCUGGCCCCUCUUCAUCUUCCUCCCUGGCCUCCUCCCCCACUGAGCAUUUCUCUGUCCAUUUCAAGUUUCAGUCUUUCCUCAAGGCGUAAAAACCUCACUCCUUCUUCCUCUGCUGCCUUGCCUUUUCUGGAUACAACGAAGGUAAUCUGGGAAGGGUUAGUUUACUACUUACUACGAAGCAUAUAGUAUUCUGCUCCUUUUUUUGUUCUGGGAUCGUAUUAUUUUAAGUACCCAAGUUGCCAUGAUUGCAAAUUUUCCUUUUUUUGGAGAAGCAAGACUGGAAUCUCCAAAUUUGUGUGAAUUUCGGCUGCCAAUCAUAUCGAUUGCUUGAUUUCUUCGGAUUAGAGAAUUAAAAAGACUACCUUUUUCAUCGUUCUUUUUUUAAAUUUCUUUUGAAGUUCUCUUCUUCUGUGCAGAGCUUUUUAGAUUUUGCUCUCAUUCUAUAGGGGGUUUCAUAAAAGAACCUUUCUUGGAAGGUCUCAUAAAUGGUAGCUGGGGUCUGGGGGAGUAAUGUGGAAUUUAUUGAUAAUUGCACGUGUUACGUGUAUUAUUAAAACACUGCCUUGUUUAUACUUUAUAGAGUGGUAACACUUGAUUUGCAAUUAUUGAUGUAUUUUUAAUACUUCGUAGUAAUUACCCAUUGGGUAAUUACUUUGACCAAUUCAUUUCAGCAUUCUAUUGCUCCCCACUAUUUGUUGUGCGGGUAAAAGUUACUGGAUAGGCCAAAAGAGAGAAAAAAUAUUAACUCUGCGUUUUUAUAAUUAAAAUAAUUCAAAAAAAAUGCCAGACCCUACCUUUUCCUUAUUUAUUAUUCCGUACAGUUUACAUUCUAAGACGACAGGAAACUGUGUAGGUAGAGUCUGGUUAUAUGUUGCUGUAUAAUUAUUAAUAUUAUUAUUGUUAUUAUUUCACAUGUGUUUUCCAUGUUUAUAGUGUGUUAUGCAGUUAGUUUGAGACAUUUAACACAUCUUUACCAGAAAUACCAGGCCUUUGGGUGAUUGCUUUUAGAUAUAAAGGUUUGUUCCUUGUGUGCUGUAUGAGGAUAAAGAUAUAGUGAAUCCAUUUCAUUCGACAACUUGUUUUAUGAAAAUGGAGUGGGAUGCUAAGUGGGGAUGGGAAAAGCUUGCUAUGCUUGGAUCCAAUGUUUGUGAAAGUCCCAAAAAGAUGCAAUUAGCAGGCUGGGGGUUAGUAGACGCUGCUGAAGUUGAUCCUGGAUCCUUUGGUUUCUCAGGAGAGGGCGGGGCCAGCAGUGGCAGCGGUGUAUACGGAUCUUCUGAAAAAAGCUCAGUUUCUGCUUCUACUGACUCAUCACUGAAGAAGGAUGGGAUGGAUUCAUCCAAGUUUACUUCUGAAGGCUUUCCAGGAGACUUUGAGAAGAAAAUGGAACAGUCCACAGCUGAGGUAUCUGUAGAACCGUUUAUUGGUCUGAAGCUUGGUAAGCGGACUUAUUUUGAGAGAAACUGUGGUGGAAACAACGUAAAGAGUGCAUUAAUGGUCAAGAUCCCUAUGCCGUUGACCCCUGUGGUUAAGAAACCGAAAUCAUCUUCUAGUCAGUGUGCACCCAUUCCAUACUGUCAGGUUGAAGGUUGCAAAAUUGAUCUUUCUUCCGCCAAAGAUUAUCAUCAGAAGCAUAGAGUAUGUGAUAUUCAUUCCAAAUGCUCAAAGGUCAUUAUAGCUGGUGUAGAGCGUCGGUUUUGCCAGCAGUGUAGCCGGUUCCAUGGCUUGUCUGAAUUUGAUGAAAAGAAACGCAGCUGCCGCCGUAGACUUUCUGACCACAAUGCCAGGCGCCGCAAGCCACUAUCUGGUCCCACCCAGUUUAGUUACAUCAAUGGUAGACCACAGAUGAAUUUUGUGAACCAAUUCACACUUUUGCCCUCUAGAACUACUGCAAAUUCAACCUGGGACAACAGUUGCACGCCCAACAUGAGUAAACUACAAGACAUGGCAGGGAUCCGGUUACCAAAUGCAAUCAAUGCAUCCAAGGGCACCAUAUCUGAGGUCUUCGAUCAAGGUGCCAAACAAUCUUGGUUCCCUUCAAGCGGAGGCACGAAACUGGAAGUUCCUCGUGCUCUCUCUCUUCUGUCAAGUACUUCCUGGGGUUCAUACCAACCUGAGUUGAUUUCACUUGAUAAUCACCCCCCAACUCUACCUGCUGCUAAUCAGUCCAGCUCAGUGGAGCCAUUGAUGCAUUCUGUCCCUCAAAGCCUACUCAUGUCUUCCCCAGAAUACCCGCAAGCUGAACAUCACUCUACUGAUUUUCAUGGACAUACCUUGGCAGAAAGUACUACCAGCGGUGGGCAGGUCCAGCUUUUUAAAGUUCCCCAUGACACAGACUUUUAUUUCAACUAGUCUGUGUUGAGUUUUUGAAAGUUCUAUGAAAUCAUUCAUUCCCUGGUUUACUCUAACCUCUUUUUGUUCACUCAAGAAUCAAGAUGGUCUCUUCAAUCAAAAAAUGCUAAUAUGUUUUACUUUCAAAGUUAUGUGAAUUCCUCAUUCGUUUGUUCUGCUUAUCAGUACAAUAAUUAGACUAAACAAAAUAAGUAGCCUUUGACUUGUGUAUUUG